AUGGGCGAGUCGAAAGUGAUGUAUAAAUUUAACGCGUUCGAUGAGAAAUACGCGUUUGAUGAUGGUGGCAUGUUCACUUACAGCAGCACCGAACAGAAACGAGUCGAAGAAUUGGUGAGAGAUGAAGCGCAGAAAUUUGUCUUAGGUUAUUUGGACGGUGUGGAUGAUGGCGCAGAUAAUGCGCCAGUGUUGCGUCGCGUUCUUCACAGCCGAUAUCUUUGUCGACAUCUGAAGCAGCUGGGCAAGUCGUGCUCGCAUCUUGAUGCUUCACGGCCGUGGUUUUGCUACUGGGGAAUGAAUGGCCUCAAAUUGCUGGAAGCAUCUUAUGAUGAAACUCUAACUUCAAGGCAUGUUCUUCCUCCAUCUUUGAGAUGUAUUUUUAUUUGA